AUGGAAGACGGCGGAGAAAUUAUCACUGGAGGAGGUACUGGUGCCGGAGAUGGAGCUUAUGAUUUCCGUCGAUUACACAACUAUCCUUUGAUUAGACACUCCGAUAUGCCGGAUGAAAUGAGAAAUGAAGCAAUGGAACUAUGUGUUACAGCCGUCGAAAAAUAUCCCAGCAAUAACGAGAGUGCAGCAAGAAUGAUCAAGGAGAAUAUGGAUCGUAAAUUUGGUUCGUCUUGGCAUGCACUUGUUGGAGAAGGUUAUGGAUUUGAAAUUACUCAUGAAGUCAAGAAUUUAUUAUACAUGUUUUUCGGAGGCAACUUAGCUAUCACAGUUUGGAAGUGCUCUUAA